CCGGUCGCAAAAUCGUCGACCACUCCACCAAAGGGCUCUCGACACCACAUUUUUGUCCCCAACGAUCACGACCUACGAACAACCCGUUACUUCGGUCAGAUAAUUCACAAUGGGUCACUCCUACGGAAAGAGAGCAGGCACCCGCUAUGCCUUCAGCAGGGACUUCCGCAAGAAGGGUGUUAUCGCCCUCGGCACCUACUUGAGACAAUACCGCGUUGGUGACAUUGUCGACAUCAAGGUUAACGGUGCUGUCCAGAAGGGUAUGCCCUACAAGGUCUACCACGGCAAGACCGGUGUCGUCUACAACGUUACCAAGAGCUCCGUCGGCGUCAUCAUCUACAAGAAGGUCUGGCACCGCUACAUCGAGAAGCGCCUCAACAUCCGCGUCGAGCACAUCCAGCCCUCCCGCUCCCGUGAGGAUUUCCUCAAGCGCGUCAAGGCCAACGCCGAGGCCAAGAAGCAGGCCGCUGCCUCUGGCACCACCGUCCAGGUCAAGCGCCUUCCCGCACAGCCCCGUGAGGCCCGCACCGUCUCUUUGACCGACGUUCCUCCCGAGACUGUUACCCCUCUUGCGUACGAGACUACGAUUUAAAAGGUGUUCGUGGAAUUGGAAUGGUAGUUGGUUCUUAUUUUCUUGUGGUGUUUCGUCCGGAUGGGAACGAUCUGAGCAUGGCAAGGUCUUGCAUUUUGAUGUCCAUAGAAAUGAGACUCUAAGUGGCAUCACCCACUUUCAAAUUCAUGUCGAAAGGCCCCUUUGUGCCAUGUGAUUGAUGUUUUAAUGCUGGGGGGUAUGCGCAUGUCGCUUAUUGCAUUUUGUAAAGUUGAUACAGAAGGCUGCCGCUUAAGAGGAGUGUCGACGGUCAUGCACAACAUGUUGAUUGUCUUUUAAUCAUCAGCACUUUGUUAUAAAGUACAGAUUUUAUGAUCGACGGCCAGUGUACCGUGGACUCAAAUCUAUAUAAUUGGAACAAUCUGGAUAUCACUAUGACUGCUGUCGCGCAUCAGUGGCGUACUUGAGACGAUGUCUGCAUGUCCGUCAACCAGUCUCUAACAUUGCCAUGUAAAAGGAAAACCCGCAUAUUCGCACAAUGCCCAAUUAAUGAAAAUUAGAUGACCAGAAUACAUGAAACCUAU